AUGAGUAUUAUGUAUCAAUUUUGUUAUAAAAACAAAAAAUUUGAUUUAUUAACAACAAUUCCCGAAGGUCCACAUCCGUGGCCAAUAAUAGGUAAUCUUUUUCAAUUAGGCUAUCGUCCAUAUGAAACAAUGUAUCAUUGGUCCAAGAUGGCAAAAUAUGGACCAAUAUUUCGUCUUCGUCUUGGUUCACAAACGGUUGUUGUAUUAAAUUCAACGUCAGUUAUUCGUGAAGCAUUACAUGAUCAUAGUGAAACAUUUGCUGGUCGUCCAUAUCUUCAUAUGAUUCAUGCAACAUUACAUGGUAAAGGUGUUAUAUCAGCUCCAUAUGGACGAGAAUUUAAUGAACAUAAAAAUUUCUUAAUUAAAAGUUUUAAUCGAUUUGGUCGUCGACGAUCAUCAUUAGAAACUGGUUGUCUUGAUGAAAUACGUUUAGUUGCUGAAAAACUUCGAGAAAAACAAUCAUCACCAUUUCGUAUUGGUAAUAUGUUAAGUCAAAUAGCAUGUAAUAAUAUAUGUACACUUACAUUUGGUCGUUAUUUUGAAACAAUGAAUAUGACAAAUUUAUUUGAAAAAAUAAAUGAAAAUUUUAAUCAAACAGCAACAAUAGCAUGUUUUAAUUUUUUACCAUUUACUCGACGAUUUAAAAAAAAUAUACUUGAAAAUGUUAAUGAUUGUAAUCGUGUUAUACAAACAUUAGUUGAUGAACGUGAAACAAAUUUUGAUCCUGAAUUUGUUAAUAAUAUUGUUGAUGCUUAUUUAGAUGAAACAAGUAAACAUCGAUAUUUUUCAAAACAAAAUCUUGAUUCACUUGUUCAAGAUCUUUUUGUUGCUGGUACUGAAACAGUAUCAAAUACAUUAAAUUGGACAAUAUUUUAUAUUGUAUCACAUUCACAUGUUCAAAAAAAAAUUCAUGAAGAAAUUGAUCGUAUUAUUGGUAAAGAUCGACCACCAUGUGAUAAAGAUCGUAUUCAAAUGCCUUAUAUUGAAGCUGUUUUACUUGAAUCAAUGCGUUGUCAUUGUGCUGGACCAAUAUUAUUACCACGAGCAACAACACAUGAUAUUACAUUUCGAAAUUAUUUUAUUCCAAAAGAUACAUUUAUACUUGUUAAUAUGUGGUCAGCUAUGAAAGAUGAAACACAAUGGGCAAGACCAGAUAAUUUUGAACCUGAAAGAUUUUUAGAUGAAAAUAAUAAUUUAAAAGAUGUUAAUCAUCCAGCUAUGAUGCCAUUUAGUGUUGGAAAACGUGCUUGCACAGGUGAACAAAUUGCAAAAGUUCAAUUAUUCUUGAUAUUAGUCAGUUUAUUUCAAAAAUUUGAAUUUCGUUUUGUUGAUGGUUGGAUACCAAAAGAUCUUCGUGGUGAACCUGGUAUUACACUUCGGCCACCUAAUUGUCAAUAUCAAGCACUUGUUCGAUAA